ACACCCUGCUCCUUUAUAUUGUAGACAAGAACCAAAGAAAUACUACAAACAUAAGAGGCAAAAAACAUGGGUAUUGCAGUUUUAAUUGCUAUACCAAUUUGCCUUUCAUUCUCCUUUUGGUGCCUGAAAUUGCUGUAUUUGAUAUGGUGGCGGCCCAAAACAGUGGAAAAGGAGCUGCGAAAACAAGGAGUAUAUGGCCGUCCAUAUAGAUUUCUUUAUGGAAAUCUAAGGGAAAUGAUGGAAAUGAAUAAAAUAGCUAAGUCUAAACCCAUGCCUUUGAACCACGACUACACCCCUCGACUAAAUCCUUUGUUCUAUGAGCUCGCCACCACUUACAAGAAACUUUUCUUGUUUUGGCUAGGACCGAUACCUCGAGUGACCAUAAUGGAUCCGAAGUUAAUACGGGAAGUACUAUCAAAUAAAUCGGGUGAGUUCAGAAAACCAAAAAUCAGUGCUUUCCUCAAGCUAUUUGUAACAGGUUUGGGGACUUACGAUGGUGAAAAAUGGGCUAAACACAGAAAAAUUCUUAAUCCAGCUUUCCACAUGGAAAAAUUAAAGCUUAUGUUGGGAGCAUUUACAGAGUGUACAGAAAAAAUGAUAAGCAGAUGGGACAAGUUAACUGCAUCAAAGGGUUCUUGUGAAUUGGAAAUUUCACAAGAAUUUCAUAGUUUAACCGGAGAUAUACUAUCAAAAGCAGCCUUUGGAAGUAACUUUGAAGAAGGGAAGUUAAUAUUUUCACUUCUGAGGGAACAGUGCGAACUUGUUUUCACUGCAAAACUUGCUAUUAAUGUCUUCCCUUGGUUAAGGUUUGUGCCAACAAAAACUAAUAGAAGAAGGUUGUACAUCUAUAACACAGUCCGUAGUUCGCUAAAAAGGAUAAUAAAGAAGCGAGAGAAAGAGGUACAAUCAGGAAAAGCACACAAUGAAGAUCUCUUGGGUUUGUUAAUGAAAUCUAAUCAAGAUGAACAACAAGGGAAUAAGAACUCAAACAAGGGAAUGAGUACAGAAGAUGUAAUAGAGGAGUGCAACUCUUUCUAUUUUGCGGGUCAGGAGACUACUGCAACUUUGUUAACAUGGACUGCAAUUCUAUUGACUAUGCAUCCAGAUUGGCAAGAAAAAGCUAGGAAUGAAGUUCUUGAAAUCAUUGGAAAAGAUGAACCUAAGUUUGAUCAACUGAACCAGCUAAAAAUUGUGACUAUGAUCUUGCACGAGGUUCUGAGGUUAUAUCCAUCAGGUUCUCUUGUUAGAGAAACAAACGAAGAGACAAAACUUGGAGACUAUAUAAUUCCAUCAGGUGCACAGCUUUUGGUGCCUCUGCAAUUAAUUCACCGCGACACAGACCAAUGGGGAGAAGAUGCUCUUAUUUUCAAUCCAGAAAGAUUCUCAGAAGGAGUAUCAAAAGCAGCCAAAGAUUUGAUGUAUUUUCCCUUUGGUUGGGGUUCUCGUAUUUGCCUUGGAAUGAAUUUCGCUAUGAUUCAAGUCAAACUUGUUUUGGCUAAAAUCUUACAGAAUUACUCGUUUGAACUCUCUCCCUCCUAUGCUCAUGGCCCGACCAUGACCGCUCUGGUUCUUCAACCUCAGUAUGGUGCACCUGUCAUUGUGAGAAAGCUUUGACAUUAUCUUUCGGGGACGGAGCUAGAGUAUUAAUUACGGAUUUGGCAGACUAUAUGUAUU